UCCUCAUUUGGCCGAUGCUAAACAAUCUACCUAACGCCGGGAAUUUGUUGAUUAGGCAUCGCCAUGUCGUCGCCGAUGGAGCAAGCGGCCGGAGGGCUGCGUGCAGGAGGAGCUGGCGAGUUUGAGCUGAUAAAGCUCCUGAGCUCGUACAUGGAUCAUGCGGGCGAAGACGACGAGGGCAGCAGGUUUCGGUGGUUGCGGUCGCAGAUCAUCGGCGGUGAGGCGGAGUUCGACACUCCGUUGGGACGCCGCCGGGUAACGUACGCCGACCACACGGCUUCCGGCAGAUUCUUGGCAUUCGUGGAAGAAUUCCUCCGCCGACAUGUCCUGCCUUCCUACGGGAAUACCCACACGGCGGACAGUUACGUCGGCCGCCGGACCACCGGAUUGGUCCGAGAAGCCACGCAUUACAUCAAGCGGCGGUUGGGGGCGAGCGGCCGGCGCGACGUUCUCCUCUUUUGCGGCUCCGGCUCCACCGCCGCCAUCAAGCGCCUUCAGGAGGUGAUGGGCGUCGCCGUCCCGUCCCUCCUCCGCGACGCCGUGCUCCGCCAGCUGCCGCUGGCCCAUCGCUGGGUCGUCUUCGUCGGCCCCUACGAGCACCAUUCCAACCUCCUUUCCUGGCGCGAGAGCCUGGUAGAGGUGGUCGAAGUCGGCCUCGACGACGCCGGCAUGGUCGACAUCGACCACCUGGAGGCGUCCUUACGGUCUCCCGACUUCGCCGGCCGCCCCAAGCUCGGCUCCUUCUCCGCCUGCAGUAAUGUCACAGGGAUUCACUCCGACACGCGCGCCAUCGCCACCGUGCUUCAUCGCCAUGGCGCCUACGCCUGCUUCGACUUCGCUUGCAGUGGACCUUACGUCGACAUCGAGAUGAGGACAGGGGAGGAGGACGGCUACGAUGCGAUAUUUCUGAGCCCUCACAAGUUCCUCGGCGGCCCCGGGAGCUCCGGCAUCCUCCUGAUGAACGACGCGCUCUACCGCAUCAAAGAUACGCCGCCGUCCACCUGCGGCGGCGGCACCGUACUCUACGUCAGCGGCCACGACGAGGAAACCCUGUACUACGGCGAGGUGGAGGAGCGGGAGGACGCGGGGACGCCGGGGAUCGUGCAGAAUAUCCGGGCGGCGGCGGCGUUCCUGGUGAAAGAGUGGGCAGGGGAGGCGGCGAUCGGGCGAGCGGAACUCCAGAUGUUGCGGCGAGCGUCGGAGAGGCUGGCCGGGAACCCGAGGGUGCUGGUUCUGGGCGCUACCACCGCCGCCGGCUCCGACCCGGCGGUUGCGCGGCAGCCCAUCAUCUCGUUCCUGGUCUACCCAGAAGCGCAAGGAGAAGGGACACGUGGCAAACCCUUGCACUGCCGCUUCACCACGCGGCUGCUCAACGACUUGUUCGGGAUCCAGGGACGCGGCGGCUGCGCGUGCGCCGCGCCAUACGGUCACCGUCUCCUCUCCAUCGACCGCCGCCAAUCCAAAGCCAUCAAAUCCGUCAUUCAAAUGGGUUACGAAGGAAUCGCACCAGGGUGGACUCGAGUGAGCUUCACAUACUACACCUCCUUGGAAGAACUCGAAUUUGUGCUCGAUGCAGUUGAAUUUGUGGCUGAUCAUGGCCACAAAUUUCUUCCACUUUAUACUUUCGAUUGGAAGACAGGGGACUGGGAUUUCAUGCACCAUCAGCAAGGCUUCUUCCCCAUGAAACCUAAGGAUGAAGAUGAUGAAGCCUCUGGUGGCAAGCCAUUCAAUGGUUACAUGAACUUUGCCAAGAACAUUGUGGCUUCCCUACCAACCUUCACAGUAAAGAGAUACAUUCCAGAGGCCAUUCAUUCUGAGUUGGUCUAUUUCCUGCUGUAGCACCAUUAUUUAAUUUAUCUCAAGCAUUUGAUAUUCCAGAGGCCAUUGUGAUGAGUUGGCCUUUAGUAUUUUGUAAUCUAAUUCUUUAGAUGAA